CCCAACCACCCGACGAGCUUUCUUCGCCGCGGCCAUCUUGGCUCAAGGUUCCGGGGGGCAGGCGUCGUUAGCGGCCCUCACCCGGGCCGCCCUCGCCUUGACUCCGGGGCCCGCCAUGGCGGAGCCGGCCGGCCUCCCGCUGGCUCCCACCACCGUCGGCUCCCAGUCGCAGGCGCAGGAGUUCGACGACGAAGACGACGUCGGGGAUUUCUCCAAGUACGACGAGAGCAUGGUGCGGCAUCGUUCCGAAGCCAGUUGGCGUUCCGAAACCAAGUCUUCGUUCAGCUCGACGGCAACGCUGGGCUCCGCGAGCGCGUUUCUCAGCAAGAUUCGUCGAAGUGAAUCGAUGGAACAGCGCUUUGAAAGUGACACCCACCUGAGGGUGCUAGACGCGGAACUCCUGCGUGGCAUCAGUGCGCACCACAUUUUGCGCAGGUCUCACGUGCUGGCCUCCAAUGCCGACGGCGGUCAUGCUUUUGCACUCUCGAAGCCUGUGGACUGGUUGAACAUCUUCAUCUCCCACACAUGGUUGGGCGUGGGAUGGGUGAAGAGGCUCGGCAUUGCAUACUGUCUGAACGUGCGGCGCGCGGUGGUGGUGGCCGUCGUCACGGACUGUCUAGUGCAUGCGUUGGAUUGGGGUGGUAUCUCCAUCAUUCCUGCGCCGUUCAUGCGGGACUGCGUAAUCUUUGACGGCGCAGAGGUGCUGAGCGUGAGAUUGCAAAUGGAAUGUGUAUUGUCGUCCUUGGUGUUCGGGGCACGUUGGCGGAUUGUUCUUUUGUGGGGACAGGAGUUGCCGAUCAAUCGAACAGUUUGUUUCCUGGACAAGUGCUGCAUUCACCAGACGGACCCACUCCUGAAACUUACUGGAAUAAGGCAGCUCGGAGCGGUUCUGCGGUAUUCUGAGUACAUGAUGAUACUUUUGCAGCCGCAGUACUUCCGAAGAGCAUGGUGCGUGUACGAGUUGGCAGCGUUCUUAUACAUGAACAACGGCAAUCACCAUCGGGUGUGGCUACAACCCCUGAAAUUGACGCUGCUCACUGUGGCAGUGUUUGGCAUCAGUUGCUCGGCAGCCGUGGCCGCAAUACUGCUCUUGCCAUGGACUGUCUUCAGCCCAUGGCAUGUCAAGCUGGCUGCGCAAACCGUGCCCGGGUACUUACAGUAUGCGUAUUUGGUCGGAGUGCUGUUUCUAUUUCAUUUUUGCGUUUAUAUCUUCCCAUCGAGAUUGUUCUGGAGAAGCUGCAAAGGGCACAUGCAUGACCGGCAGAGAAUUCUUCAGCAAGUCAGAACGUUUUCGCUGAGUCAAGCUAGUUGUUUCGAUGACGGUGACCUGGAGUUCAUACAGAGCCAGAUCGGGCUGUGGUUCGCCGACGUGGCCACAUUUGAGAAAUACGUGCGGCACGAUGUCGCCGCGCGUGUCAAGCGACUGCUGCGUGAGCAGGGGCCGAUGCCUUACCGAAUGGUGAUUGGAAGCUCCAUGUGCCACCUGUUUUUCAGCACGUCCUUGGCCUUCUCGGCCUGGCGGGGUGGCGACAUGAACAUGCUCUGGCGCUCGUUCUGCGCGGGCUUCGGGACAACCCUCUGUGGUGUUCCCAUCGCCGUCAACCUGGUCUUGAGGCUGGUGGAUGCCGGGCUGGCACACCACACUGCCGGGCAGUCCUUCUUCCACCGCGGGUUCCUUGGCCCGCUCGUGACGGCGACCGUGCUCGCCGCGUGCACCUCCGUCCCCAUGGGCAUGCUGACGCCGGCGUGCCCCCUGUGGCUCUGCGCCGCCCUGUGCCUCCUGGGGGCCGCCUGCGUGUGCCGCCUCUUCCACCUGCGGCCGAGCUGCCGCGCGGCGGCCCCGCGCAGGCCGGGCGGCCUCUGCCGGCCGCGCGGCCCGAGCGCGCGCGGCGCGGCGGCCCUGGCAGAGAGGCCGAGCCCCGCUGGCGGCCCGAGCUGCAGCCCCGCGACGGAGGAGGAGGCGCCGGACGCCGUGCCCGAGCGCGCCGCGUCCGAGCGGCGGCUAUCCGCCGCGUCGGAGUCCAGCGCGGAGGUGCUGUGCAUCUGAGGGGGCUGCCCCGACGGCCUGCAGGCAGCGUGCGACCUGCCGGCUUCGGUCGGUCCACUCGGCCCGAGCGUGUCACCUGUUGGCUCACGCUGGGCAAGCAGGCCCAAGCGUGUUAAUUACCUGUACGACCACCCGUCGGGUGCUAAGGAGGAGGAGGUUCCUUCCAAUUCAGGGACAACUCGCAGUCUACGGUGGACUUCGAGAAUCCGAACAUCUGCACGUUUCGUGUUUUUGGCUAAUAGCGGCAGAAUAUGUUGCUCCGCCGCUUUGGCCGCCCAGUCCUUACGGUACCGUGCGAUGGCCGUUGUUUCAAGGCAUCGAGUUCGACUUGCUCCACAGGUACCGCCCACCAUGCGACAUGGCAGUUGUUAUCCAGGAGGCAGGGGAAGCGGACGACCUCUGCCAGAAAAAUCGCCGCGGCCUGGCCUUCAGAUCCGCCCCCGCCCAGGGCGGCCGACUGCAGCUCUGGAACCCGUGUGCCCUAGCCGCCAGCAUCUGCCGCCCGAGGGACGGGCUUGCUUCUCGUCCGCUCUUGCUCAGCCACCCCUCCGCUUCCUCGACUCCCCCACCGCCCUCCUUCCCACCCUUCGUGCAAAAGGUUUCUGCCAUCACGCCGUCGCCCCGUAUACCGCUGACGCCUGCGCGCGAGGCAGCUGCCAUUCGCCAUGGUUGCCUUUCGCGCGUCCCUGCGGGAGGACGGGAAGGAGGGACCACCGACGGAGUCGCACGUGCUGGAGUGAGAAGGAGCAGCACUGCAUUUCCGAUUUGAAUUCUGACGCUUCGCGCCUGUGCUUCCAGGGCGAGGCGCUUCUUCUUUGAAUGCAGGAUGCGGCUGCGUUCUUCCUUGCCAACGCAAGAGAGAUGUGCAAUCCUCCGUGGACUUCGAGAUUCCGAGCAUCCGCACGCCUCGUGUUUAGGGCGCCAUCUUCCACCAGGAGCGAUGGACCGACCGUACAAGGUCAGGACCGACGCGUCCUGGCCGCGCGCCCCUUCGGGCGUGAGAGUUUUCGAUCGCCGAUCGCUAAAGGUCGCGGCGACCUCGACGGCGCGGCAUGCUCGUACACGGACUGCACGCCCACGGGCCUGAGGCGUGCGCAUCUCCCCUGCCGGGGUGCAAGCACUCGUGGCCCCAGCAAGUCUGCGCGCGCGCGCCCCUGCCCUCCCCCCAAGAAAGAAGUUUCCCCUCCCUCCCC